CUAGAAGAUCGACAGGGCUGGGUUUCUUGGCAUUUUUAUUAUCCUAUUUGGGUUAAGCGUCGCCUUGUAUGGGUGUCGAUAUGGCCUCAAGCCUUCACUAGAAGACAGGAGAUGACGAGUUUAGCUUUCGGUAUGGGGUCUGCGAGGCAGGCAGCAAUAAAAUUUUCCCCUGUUCUCCAUUGUCAACUUUUCUAUAUCAUGAACGGAAAACCUCACCUUCAAGUAGGCGACAACGAAGAGGCCAGUUCUAUUCAACGUCUUUGACUUGAAGCCUGACAUUAGACACCAAUCCGCUACUUGUUUCCGCCAUGGCAGCUGGAGAUCCAAUUUUGUACAGCUUGUACGUUUACGCCCCGGACCGAGGAGCACCCAUCUUCUUCGCCAUUGCGUAUGCUAUUUCGGCAUUCUUUCACAUAUGGCAAUGUCUUCGCUACAAGGCUUUCAAGUUGAUCGGACUGCACCCUGUCUGUGCGGUACUGUUCACUGCCGGCUACGCCUUGCGCGAGUACGGCGCCUAUAAUUAUCUCUAUAGUGUGACCACGAAGUUGCCCCUGAUUAUCUUCAUCGUCAGCCAGGUGUGCAUUUUCGUUUGCCCCCCGCUUCUCGAACUUGCCAACUACCACGUCCUCGGUCGAAUGUUCUACUAUGUGCCCUACUGUUCUCCCCUUCCUGCCAAUAAAGUUCUAACCACGUUCGGUGGUCUUAUGGGCCUCGUUGAAGCCUUGAACUCUCUGGGGGUGGCCUUGUCCGCAAACGCUUCGUCGUCGGCCGAAACCCAAGCGCUUGGUAGCCACUUGACGAUAGCAGCCCUCAUAAUCCAACUUGGCGUCAUCGUUAUCUUCAUCUGCCUUGCCGCUCUAUUUCACCGACGGUGCGCUAAAGCCAAAAUAAAGACCGAGGCGGUCAAUACUCUCUUGCGGACGUUAUAUAUCAGCAUGGCAUUAAUUCUCAUCCGUUGCAUAUAUCGCCUAGUGGAGCAUACGGGUAACACGACGAUAGACCUUGAUGAUAUCGAGACUCUUCGAAAUCUAAGCCCUAUCCUACGAUACGAAGCUUUCUUCUAUAUCUUCGAGGCAACUCUAAUGCUUAUCAACUCGGUGCUGUGGAAUGUAUGGAAUCCUGGCCGUUUUCUACCGAAGGACAAUCAUAUCUAUUUGACGCGCGAGGGUAUCGAAGUCGAAGGCGAGCCAGAUAGGGACGAUCGGUCACUUUUAGCUAAGGCCACCAACUUAUUAACGUUCGGUAUCUUGUUUCGAAGGAAAAGACAGUCUCGACCAUUUCAAGAGCUUGCUGAGUAUCCGAAUCCCCAGGAAGCUUCUAGGCUUCAUGUACCUAGUUAUCCUAGCUAA